AUGGCGGCCUCCGUGCUGUCUCGCGGUGCGCGGCUCCUGCCUCUGCUGCUCACGGCUGAGCCGGCCUGGAGCGGGGGCGCGCGCCGCGGGGUGCGAGCGCUGAGGCGGACCCCUGUGAGGGUGCUGAGUCCCGGGCAGGACCCGCGAAGGACGGCGGCGAAGCCGAAGCCAGAGCCGCGGCGGGGGAGGGACAGCCCAGGCUCGGGCCAGGAACCUAGACCUGAGCCGGAGCCGGAGCCGCGGGCGAGCCCCGGUGCCUGGGAGGAGGCCGGGUUGCGCUACGAACGCGCCCUGCCCGGGGACCGGAGGCUCAGCAAAGUGAUGACAAUUGUCAAGUCCAGGACAUUCCGGGAUAAGCAGGGGAAGAUCUUGUUGGAGGGCCGGAGGCUGAUUGCUGAUGCUCUGAGAGCUGGUGCUGUACCCAGAACAGUCUUCUUUAGUCGGUUAGAGUAUGUAAAGGAGCUCCCUGCUGAUAAACUAAAAGGGGUCAGCCUCAUCAAGGUGAAGUUUGAUGAUAUCAAGGAAUGGUCCGACCUUGUAACUCCACAAGGAAUAAUGGGGAUUUUUGCCAAACCUGACCAUGUUAAGAUGAAGUAUCCAGAGACCCAACUUGAGUAUUCACUGCCCUUGUUGCUGAUUUGUGACAAUCUCCGUGAUCCUGGAAACCUGGGUACCAUCCUGAGGUCUGCUGCUGGGGCAGGCUGCCAAAAGGUGCUUCUCACCAAAGGUUGCGUGGAUGCUUGGGAGCCCAAAGUGCUCCGGGCUGGCAUGGGGGCUCACUUCCAGGUGCCCAUCAUCAACAACCUAGAGUGGGAGAUCAUUCCCAACUAUUUACCCCCGGAUACCAGAGUCCACGUGGCCGACAACUGUGGCCUCCACGCCCGGGCCCUGGCCCAGAGGGCUGGUAAAGCCAGCGACCAGGGCCGGGCAUGUGACCGGCGCUUUCAGAAACAUCGCAAGUAUGAGGAGGUGGAUGGCCCGGAGGAGGAGGACGGCCCGGAGGAGGAGGUGGCCUCAGUGCCAGCCAACAGCUGGCUCCCGGAACUCGAGGUCCAGGCUUAUGAUGCUGCUUGGACAGAUGCUCCGGCAGCUUUGGUGAUAGGUGGGGAGACGCAUGGGGUCAGCUUGGAGUCGCUCCAUUUGGCCGAAAGUACCGGAGGCAAGAGGCUGCUGAUCCCCGUCGUCCCGGGUGUGGACAGUCUGAACUCUGCCAUGGCUGCCAGCAUCCUGCUCUUCGAGGGGAGAAGGCAGCUGCGAAGACUCCAGGAAGAGCGGGCGGGAGCCUGGCCCGGGAGGCACACCUCCCCAGGCCUGGGGUGACGGCGGCCUCGCGCCUCCUCUCCUGCCCUACUCCAUCCUCACUUUGGAGGAGUUCAGAGGGGCCACCGUGACUACCGGGCCCUGCCUCGAUUUCUAAUGAUCUUUCUUUCCCAGCAGUCGCAGCCUCUUGGGUGGGGGAGGAUGGGCUGGAGCCCCCACUGCUUUUCUGUAGCUCCCAUUAUCCCUCCCUCCAUCAAGCCAGCAGGGGGCAGCCGCAACAAUGAAAGUGGGGAGGAAAGGCAUCAAUGUUUAAACAGGAGACCCCUGCGGCAUCUGCUGUGUUUGUAGUUUAAAGUCAAGGAAAACACGGGCUUUGGACAAAGGCUCCUCCCCAUCGAGCUGGAGCAGGAACCCAGGAAGCAGACAGUGCUGUCUUUUGGGUGCUCCAGUGUAAGAAACAAACUCUUGUAUCCUUUAAAGAUAGCGAAGUUAGAAAAUGGAGCUGGAGUGGGUGGUCCAAGGGGCAGCAGGAGGGGGCUCAGGCCUGACCUCCCCCUCUCCAGGGAAGGGCCUUUCUGGCCUCCUGGGAGCUUGGGGAGGCUGCGGCUUAGCACACUGCAUUAAAAUGACUUUGUUCUGGC